UUGGAAACAACCCGCGCUUGAUCACAACGUGGAAAAUGUCUGAGGCAGAAAACAGUGACGUUCAUCAGAAAACAGGGGAGGGAAUGGAAGCAAAUGCUGAGAUGGAUCCUCAGGUGGAGUCCAAGGAGGAAGAAGAAUUAGAGGCAGACAAUUCAAUAGACUCGAACAAAUCACCCAUCAAGUCAACAGCCAAGUCCCCAGCCAAGACUCCAGCCAAGACAACGGCAAAAUCCCCAGCCAAGUCACCAGCAAAGACGCCAGCCAAGACACCCGUUAAAAGAUCAACACCCAAGAAAACACCACAGAAGAGGAACGCUGAUCCUAAUGAGAAUGGUGAUGGGGUAACCAAGGAGGAGGACGAGGAGGAGGGUGAAGAAGACGAUGAAGAAUCAAGUGAUGAAGAACUUCCAUUGGGCACACUCGACGGUCCAGUCAGGCUCAUGGAAGGCAAACGAGAAAGGAGAAAGACCGAGAGAUUGACCUUUGACACCAAGAAAGAAGUCACAGACACCAAGUUUGAGGUGGAAGAUGGAAAUGGAGUGAAGCUUGGUGAAAUCCCAAACAUUGAGUUUUACAUUGCAAAGACAAGUUCAGACAACUUCAGGGCACUCUACAGGUUCUUCUUUGGAAAGACAGGCAAGCAAAAUGAAAUCAAAAGGAACAUCCGUAAGUUUUCAGGGUUCAACUUUGAGAAGGAGACGCCAGAAUACAACAAGAAAGAAGCUAUUUUGGUCAGAUAUACUAUGCCUGGUUUGAAAGAGAUCUGUUUGUGGCUCGAUCUGGAUAAGAAAGGAACGAAAGACGAGAUCAUGGAGAGGAUAUUGGCGUUCUGUUUGAAACCAGAGCCUUCGGGAAAACCACACCCACAACAAAAAAAGAAGUCUAAACCAGUGAAGAAGAAGGGAAAGAAGAGGAAACGACAAGAAGAUGGGUCCGGUGAUGCUAAGAAACCUAAGAAGACCAAGAAGAAAUCAUCAGAAGAUGUUAAAGAUGGAGUUGAGGAUGAAGAUGAGGAUGAUAUGGCAGCUGCUGAUGAAGAUGGUGAUGAUGAAGUAGAGAAAGAAGAGGAGGAGGAGCCCAAAAAGAAGAAAGCAAAAUUAGACAAGCCGACGCCCAAGAAAAAGGCAGAGAAGAAGAAAUCAGAAAAGAAAGCCACGCCCAAGUCACCAAAGAAGUCACCCACAAAGAAAGUCACAUCCAAGAAAGCCACGCCUAAAAAGACCUCGCCUAAGAAGGCAGCAAUACAGAUAACGCCAAAAUCAGUGACCAAGAGUAGAUUCAAGAAACUUUCAAUCGAAGACUCUGAUGACAGUUCAGAUGAUGAGCCUCUGAUCAGAAAGGCAGAACCAUCUGAAGCACUGAUCGAGAAGACUAUACAAGACUUUCUGGACACGGCUGACCUUCAACUGGUCACGAUGAAGAUGGUUUGCAAGAAGGUGUACGCCACCUACCCCGAUUUCAACCUCGUACACAAGAAGGACUUUAUCAAGGCUAAAGUCAGAUCGAUAAUUUCAUGAUAGGAGAUAAGUUUGUCCACAAUCCUGAAAACCCCAAUUCUUCCUCGGAGAUCUUCUCACAACCCUGCAAAGCUUCCCUGUUAAGAUGACUGCGGCCAGUCUAAUGUUGAAAACAAUCAUGUAUUUAUAUUUUAAGGUCAGGGUUUAACGUUAUUAGGGUUGGGAUAAAAAGGUGAUAACAAGAUCUUCAAAUGGCCGGUUUUAAAAUGAGUUGAUACAUCAAAUGGAAACAGAGACGUGCCUGCCGUUUAAUAUCCCACAAAGUCAGACUUCCUGAAUUUAGGAGUUUGGAGGACUUAAGACCGUUUGGGGUUAAGCUACUGGUGUAAAAUCUUGCUUAGCGGAAACUGGCUACUAGCCAAAUUUCUUUGUAAAGCAUAACAGUUUGUGACGGGUUUAGAGCUUAGUGGUUGAUAAGCUAUCAGUUCUCUGAAAGUCAACCCAGGUCCCAUUUUUAUAAAACUGCUUAGCAAAAACAUACUCCUUAAAGAGUCCCUGAUUAGCAAUUAUGAGCAGGGUACUGGAUACCAGUUUCAAAUUGUAUGUACUUUGGUUUGGCUUUAUUUUAUUUUACUCAUCUUAUUUUAUGUUGAAGCAGCUCUUUAAGAUUCAACCCUGGUUGGUACUAUUAACAGAUGGUUUGGUGAGGAGAAAAUGUAAAGUAUUAUCUCUGAAGGAUUAUUGUAGAAAAAAAACCUGAACAUUUGUAUUAAAAAAAAAUAAUCUAAAAAUUGUACUAUUUUUGUGUACAGGAUUGUACACUUUUAUACAGAAUGAGUUUGGGAUAAUGAUAAGUGAGCACUGUUUUUAACAAAAAAGAAUACUUAUUAUUAGCAGUACAUGUAAAAACCAGGCAAGUUUUAUUGAAUAAGACUCUUACAUUAGUAGUCUACAUUUUGUUUUGACACUAAGAAAUCACAUUAUUUAGGAAUGGUUCCAUGUUUUGUCAGGAAGCAUAAUGUAUACCAUCGUCGAUAAAACUACCAGUUUGUUCAUGAAUGUAUUUAAAGUGUUACAUAUCACUAUCGUACCAUACAUCCACUGACUAAAGAAUUCAUACUGAUCCUGAACCUUUGACGUUGCUGGUGCCAUAGAAAGCUUGAAGGUUUUCCGUCAUAAUGGCGCCUGUGUAAUCCCAAGCAUUCCUUCCAACCCAAUUCUAAAGUCUCUCACUUGGUUUUUAUUGACUUGUUUUACACGUUUAAUUUUAAUGUAGAUAAAAUACACGUUCAUGUACAUUACUUGUCUAUGUUCAUGUUUUUUUUAUAGCCAAGAAUUGUCAUACUUUUUAUUUGAUCAAUGAAAUGUGAAAUUCUUUGCUCUUGGAAUUUGCACAUUUUGUCAAAUAUUAAACUUUAACCCAAUCAUCACUGUAUAAUCUUAAACAUGCAAAGACACAUAAUGUUAAUGAUUGUUUUACACAAUUUUCUUUGAAGGAAUAAUAUCUGAAAGUCGUCUAAGGGAAUAGUUUCGUAUGAUUUUGUUUUAGAAUUGUAAAUUGUAGGAAAACAUGGAAAACAAUAGUACCCAGAAGAUAAUAAUAGUAGAAAGCUUACCUUAAAUUGCUUAGGGGCUAAAGUUGCUUGAGAAAUUAGUAAAACAAUAUUCGCAAAAAUACGUUUAAUAUGCUAACAUAAUUUUUGUGUCUUUUUUUUUACUCAUUUCUCAAGAACUACAGCAUCUCAGCAAGUAAUAUUUUAAGGGAAGCUUUCUACC